UGGCUACGGCGACCUCUCGUUUCUCGCCCUCUUUACUUGGGUACGUGCUCGGGUGUAAUCCGUCCCCCCCCUCCCAGAUUCCCGCCUUUCGUACGUGUUCCGUUAUGUCUCUCCUAACCGCACCUCACCAGUGGCGGUUCGUAAUGGGCGUGGGUGAGUAGCAAGGAGCAGUCGGAAGCUACCGCGGGUCCCAACCCCCCCUGACUUGGUGUAGGAAUCGGCGCCGAAUACCCGCUCUCCGCUGUCAUAACCUCAGAAUGGUCCAGCACGUCGUCCAGGGCGACCAUGCUGGCGUCCGUGUUUCUGAUGCAGCCAAUCGGACAGGCGCUCGCCCAGAUAGUCGGCGUCUGGGUUCUCCUGGGAGAGGACGCCGCCCACGGGCUCCAUGACAAGCAGUGCGGCAUCGACAUGCUGCACCAUGAGGAAUGCAAGACCAUCAUCGACGGUACGUGGCGCAUCGUCAUCGGCUCUGGUGCCGUGCCGGCCCUGCUGGCCAUCAUCUUCCGCUUCUUCCUCUACGACUGCGGCCUCUACACCCUCGAGGUCAAGAACAAGCCAGGCAACGCUUUCCGGGACACCCAGCGGGUAUACGGCGCUCCCCCGGCCACCAGCGGCACGGCUGCAUCUCCUGCCGCCGCCGGGCACCCCUACGAGACCGAGGCCGUGCCCCGCCAGUUCUCUCGCCAGAACCUGCGCGCCUUCUUUGUGGAGGACAAGAACUGGUACUACCUCGCCGGCACCUCCAUCACCUGGUUCUUCCUCGACGUGUCCUUCUACGGAUUCAGCCUCGACAACCGCAGCACACUCGCCGGUCUGUGGGCCACCACCGACCGGGCUCCCAUCGGUCCGGACCUGCCCUGCUGGAACUCCACCCUGGACGGCGGAACGUCCCUCGUCCCCUCGUGGGUGACCGCAGGCCUGCCCACCUGGCAGAGCGACCCUACGCGGCCCUGCAACACCAUUUACGAAACCAUCAUUGACCAGACCAAGCAGUACCUGCUCGCCGUCUCCCUCGCCUCCAUCGCCGGCAGUGCCUGCUUUAUCCUCUUUGCCAACCGCAUCCGCCGUCGCGAGUGGCUGACCUCCUCCUUUAUCACCCUCACCGUCUUGUUCUUGGUCACGGGCGGCGUCUACUACGCCGUCGCUCACCGAUCCGGCGCUCCCGCCACAGUCGUGCUCGUGGCCAUUUGCCAUUUUAUGUUCAACUUUGGAGCAAACACGCUCACCUUCAUCAUACCGGCCGAGAUCUUCCCGACCUCGUACCGGUGCCUCUGCCACGGCAUCUCGGCCGCCGCCGGCAAGCUGGGCAGCAUCGUCGCCGUGCUCGUCGUCUACGGCAUCCGCGCCGGCUACGACUCCCCCACCCGCCAGGGCCUCGUCUUCCUGCUCUUCGCCACGUUCAUGGCCCUCGGCGCCGUCGCCUCCUGGGCCUACCUGCCCGACGUCCAGCGCCCCGUCCCCGACGGCCGCGGCCGCACCCGCCUCGAGACCAGGACCCUCGAGGAGCUCGGCGAGGGCUACAGGCGCGCCUGCCUCGAGGGCCAGGUCAUCGGCCUGAGGAACAAGUGGGAGGAUCUCUGGGGGAGGGUGAGCGGGCGGAGCAGGACCAAGAGGAUGAGGAUGGGGAUGAGGAUGAGGAUGAGGAUAGGGAGGAGCGAGGGGACGAGGUCUGGGGCUGCGAGAGGAGAGGGGGUGGAGGUGGAGGAGGAGGAGGAGGAUAGGAGGGAGGACAUGGGCACCGUCAUGCCCGUGAUGGUCGAGGACAACAGGACUGUGCAUCCCGUCGAGAUGGAUGGUCGUGGCAUCGCCUAGAGGCUCUUUCCUGGAAAGUCUGUCGGGCUAGUAGUAGUCCGUACAGUGUACAUACAUACACAAGCGCUUGACUUUGUCUUCUCUAUUGCCACUCUAGGUUAUUUAAUCCUUCUUCUUCUUUUUUUUUU